AUGCCCCGCUCUGUGUUGACCCGGUGCUGGCCUGGCAACGGCCCCAGUACCUGCCAGGACGGUGCUCUGCCAGCACAGAGUCGUAGUGGGGUCUCGCCCAGCAGCACUGCAGAGCAUCAGGACCCCUCGGAAGACUCUCUCGGGCUGUCAGAGCACGGCCCUGAGCCCCACCAGAGUGUGCAAAGCGAGGCCUCUCGUGUCCUCAGCGGGAUGGGCCAGCUGAACUGCUGCCGUGGCUCCAGGGUCCACCCUUACCCCGAGCAGCACUGCGAGCCUGUCCCAGGGUCACCCGAGCUGCUGCUCCGCCAGCGCGUGCGGGUGACCCAGGGCCGCACGAAGAGGAAGAGGGACCUCCUCCUCUCCAGGGACACCCUGGUCAUCGCCAAGUCCAAACGUGGCAGCGCCCCAUGCCCGCAGCACUGCCUGGCCCUGGGCCAGCUGCAGGUGCUGAGCAGCAAGAUCGGGGAGGCCGGUGAUGGCCCCAAGGAGCAGGAAGACAAGAGCACCAACUCCCUUGUCCUCGUCUGGCCCUCCGGCUCGUGCGUCGUGACCUUCCACUCCCGGGCGGAGAAGGAGCUCUGGGUCAGCGCACUCCAAGGGCCACCAGAAGGAGUGGAGGGAGCCCGGGUCACCCAGCUGCCCUCCAUCACGGCCCCGAUGAAGGAGCUCAGCCGCCGCAAGGCAGUGACAACACUACGUGCCAGCAGCCUGGAGAGGCUGGUCGAGGGCCCGGCAAAGGCGGGUGCAGAGCAGCAGCCACCACCCGUCGUUGCUGGCAGCAAAGGUGGACACGGCCCCUCGGCUGGUGAGUUUGGAGAAGAAGGGGGCAGGAUGGCCUUUCUCUCCUCCUCUGGCAGGCGGGCACUCGUGCUGCAGUGGGGCUGCUGCCCUCCCCUCAGGGCACCUCCAUCCCCAUCGCUCCGUGCAGGAGAUAGCUGAGCCCCCAGGAGCCC